GGUUUACAACGGUUUUGGAUAAAAAUAUUAUAAAAGCGGAAUUAAAAACAUGACAGUGUGCGUGUUAUCAAUGUUUGUUAAAUGUUUGUAAGCCUAAAGAAAAGUAUGUUUUUUUUUUAUUUACCUACGUUAAAUUAAUAUCCGUUAAUUCAUAACUUCCUAAGUGCUGCAGUUCAGUUUGUUUGCUAUUUAAAUGACCUUUACUCCACACACCUCACUGGAGUGUGACAGAUUUAACCAAGCAUGCCUGUGUGCUCACACUCAUUUUGUUCUCUAAGACAAACAUGAGAGCACAAAUAUUAUAUCUCUGUGGAAUUUUUCUUAUUUGUUUAUCUAAAACUGCUGGUCAAACAUGCAGGGGAAAGUGUGGAGACACAUUGGAGCAAUGUUCCUGCCAUGCAACAUGUGUGUCUUUGCUGAACUGCUGUGCAGACUACAACCAGUCCUGUUUCCAGGUGGUGCCUUACUCCAGCUCCAUGCUGGGUGGAAGAGCUCUACGGAUCCUCAGUUUGGUUCUUCCUCCUGAUGGGCACCUUUUCUGCAGAUUCAAAGGUGAGAUUGAAAGAGAAGGGCUUAUUGAUGCUGAAGGAAACGCCUACUGCAUCUCUCCUUUACUGUAUGAGACGGGUUGGAUACCAUUUGCUGUCUCAACUGACGGGAAACAUUUUGACAGAUCCGGAGAAUACUUGUCAGUCCACCCCAGUAAAGCACAGCUUGCCUUUGAAGUCACCCUGGUGAAUGGAACACAAUGGCAGAACUACGGCACGCCGAACGUGGCAGGACGGCUUAAGAUGAGGUGGAACAGCUCUUUGAUUGGGGCAGAGAGGGUCAACAUAGAGCUGUGGGGUUACAGAGAGUUCAGCAGGAGCACAGAGGCACAGAUGAAUGGAUCGUCCUCUCUGCAGGCUAAGCUAAGCUAUCUGUAUUCUCUUGGCAAGAAUGUGUUAAACACGGGUGCCUUCAGCUUCAUCCCCGAGCCCUCACAGGAGUACUCUGACUGGGAGUUGGGGAAUAUCCGCAUCACUGCCAGUUCUAAGUCUGAUGGAGCAAGGGAUGUACAGGGGCUCUGGAGCAGAGGUCAUGUGGUAGCCUGGCACCUGGAGCAGGCUUUCAGAGAUGACUCUGCAGCCUGGGCCAAGAACAAGUGCAUGCAGUGGGAUGUCCUGGAGAAGAAGCUGCCCAACUUCCUGAAUGAGCUCAUUGACUGUCCUUGCUCACUGGCACAGGCCCGAGCAGACACAGGCAGGUUUCACACUGACUAUAGUUGUGACAUUGAGAGUGGCAGUGUGUGCACUUAUCACCCAGGUAGUGUCCACUGCGUCAGAGCAAUUCAGGCCAGUCCUACGCAUGGUUCAGGGCAGCAGUGCUGUUAUGAUGGAACGGGCGCUCUUGUGCUGACAGGAGACUCAAUCGGUGGCAGCACCCCAGACAGGGCUCACGACUGGGGCUCACCUCCAUACAGGGAACCACCACGGGUUCCCGGAUACUCCCACUGGUUAUACGACGUCAUUAGUUUCUACUACUGUUGCCUGUUGUCUGAUCACUGCCACAUCUACUUCAAUCAUCGACCUUCUAGUGGGUGUCGUAAUUACCGCCCCCCAAGAGCUGGUGUUGUCCUCGGAGAUCUGCAUUUCAUAACGUUCGAUGGCCUCGGCUACACUUUCAAUGGCAAAGGAGAGUACCUCCUUGUGUCCUCGCCAGACAGACAACUGAGUGUUCAGGCCAGAACAGAGCAGGUGAAACUUGAGAACUUUGCCUUGGCCAAAGCCACAUGGGUGUCAUCAGUGGCUAUGAAGGAGAAGGCCUCUGAUGUCAUCGAGGUGCGUCAAGCAGAGGGUUGCCUUCAGGUGCUGAGGAACCAAAAGGUCCUUCCUUUCACAGAGGAAAGCUGGAUGGACCUACAUGGGGUAUUUGUGUUUGCCCCCAGUCCUCAGAAUGUGACAGUAAUCUUCCUCUCUGGUGCUGGUGUGGAGGUGCGUGUGCAUGAGGGAGCCAUGGCAGUGACUGUCCUGCUUCCAACAGAGUUCACCAACCACACUCAGGGUCUCCUUGGCCUGAUGAACUCUGACCCAUCAGAUGACCUGUUGACCCACUCAGGAGAGGUCAUCUCCUCAGCAGACGCCACUCCGGAGGAAAUUUUGACCUUUGGAGCCAGCUGGAACAUUUCAAAGGAGUCUUCCCUUUUCGCAUAUGACUCAAAGUACCUUUUGGAUACCUAUUAUUUCCCACCAAGUCACGAUCCUGCUUUUGUACCUGCCUUUUCUCUACCUGAGGGAUCUGAUGACCCCUUAGUGGCAGACAUGUUGAAAAUCUGCUUUGGAGAAGGAGCGGAGUUCUGUAAAUAUGAUACCCUGACCACUCGGAGCCUCAAAGUGGGAAAUGCGACUCUCAGGGCCUACCAAAAUUAUCAGACCCAAAUGGCAGCCCUGGAGCCAGUGGUGUCUUGUGGCUGGCUUUCCACACCCAUGAAUGGAAAGAAGAAUGGGACUCAUUACUUAGAGGGUAACACUGUGAGCUUCACCUGUAAUGAAGGCUACAUACUGUAUGGUUCAACAGAGCGCACUUGUCUGGAUGAUGGGACCUGGACAGGAGAGCAACCCUACUGCAUAACAGAUGAUAAGGUGGGGUUUGUACUUGGCGCUGUUGGUUCCCUCUCAGCACUGGUCACAGUGGGAGUAAUGAUCAGACUGCACAACAGGAAACAAGACAGUUCCUGGUAAUCUGAGGAGUUUGAUGCAAGCCUCCAACAGCCAAGGUAUUACCCAACAGAUAUUUAGUAUUGUAAUUGUGAUAGAGGUGGUAUUAUGUUUCACAUCCAAAUCUCAUUGUAGGAUUAGUUUAGGUAUAAGUUGAUUCUGUGACUAUGGAUUCUAUAGUAACAGCAAGUAUGGUUUGAUACAGGAAUCCUUAGGAAAGACAAACUAUUCUUGAGUAUCUGCUUUGUCAUAAAAAGAACAGAGAAGCAACUGGUGUAUCUGAUUAUAGUGCAGCCAAACAAACUCAUGUUGUUUUCAAUUUCUGUUUCCAUCAUGCUGGGUGCCGCCCUGAUUUGAUUUUCAGCUAUACAUGGCGCAAGUUUCUAAUGUAAACAGAGGUGGUUAUUUUCCUGGAAAGAUGGAGGUUUGGAUCCUAUCGCCCCCAGCUCUUUAUCUAACAACUUGUUCUAGCUGAUCCUUCUUGCCAAAACUGACUUGUUUUGUAAAUGCUUUGCUGAUUAUCGAAAGCAGUUAGCGCAUACAUUGCGUUUUCCUGCUUACCAAUAAAACUCGCCCCGUAUUUUGCCACUUGAACGCUUUUAAUGUAAAUCUGCAGCAGCAGGAAAUUGCAUUAGCUGUACAGCUAGAAAUACAUUUUAAUUUAGUGCACAAUAAGCAGUGAGGCUGAUGUCAGUGAGAUAAAAUGAUGUGUGUGAGCGAGUGUGUAUGAGAAGGCAAUAUAAAUCCUGUGUGGGAAUGGGAAUGACUCCACCAAGGCCAAGGAAAACUACUGUAGAGACAGGUAUUUACAGAAUGUAAACACAUUAAAUGGUUAUUGCUGAAAAAGUGUCAGUCAUUUACAUUAUAUAUAGCCACAUUUUUUUAUGAAUAUCUUAUGGAUUCUAACUUAAAGGUGAGAGUAAGGCCAACUUAUAAACUAAAAACCUCUGCUUCUCUCCCUCUCUCAGUGCAAACCAAACAUGGAAACAUCUCCGCUGGUCAGACAAACACUGACUUAUGACACAAAAUAUGGCUUGUUUUUGAUCGGCAGGCCUCCAGGCAUAGCCACCCAUAUAUCUUUUAUUCUGUCUUUGGAUAGAUAGAUUAUACGUUGGAAACUGGAGGCACUCAUCUUGUGAAAACCAGUACAUAGCUAGAGGUCUUCUUCCCCUCCCAUUUCCUCCCAAUAGUCAAAACCUCUUUGCUGCGCCAACAAAGACACAUAAAAACAAAGGCAAUGAAUCCCACCUGUGCGUUUGAUAUCCGACAUGUCCCAGCCUCCUCUCCGUUACUUAUAAAUUUUCUUACUGAUCUGAUCAACCCAAAUAAACCCUUAUACCCUGUGGGAUCAUACUUAUGACUGCAGUCCAGAGAAAUGAGAAAGCUAUCAACAGCACUAGCUCCUGGGCGUAUACAAGCAAAUUAAAGGCUUGUUUUAUGGGCUCAUAGACCUCAUUUGGGCUUUUCCCCACCAUAACUCCAGCAAGGAGAAGGAAAAAAAGAUGGAUGUCAUGAGUUACAAGCCACCUCCUGUUUUCAGCAGCACGGCCGAUGAAACUGCUAUGUUGUGAGGGCAAGGGGCAAGCACACCUGCCCCUCUUUUGAAGCCUUGAUCAUGGGAGGCCAGGUGUAAAAAGAGACGAAGAGUGUCAAAAGGUCUGCAGAUGUGAGUGAGGUGAUCUCACACACACGACAUGCUGGUACACAUGUUAAUAUACGACACCCGGGACACACACAGCCAUUAAAGAUACUGUGCACACAGUAGCUUAUACAUUCCUUGAGUGUGAGUGGUCACACGGACAUGCAUGAACACACGCACACAUGCAUACACGCUCCCCUACCAACAAGUGCAGACACAUUGAUUCCUCCCAACAUCAGAGGCAUAGCAAGAUGGAAGUAGCGGGGGUCUUACUGUAUUUCAGAUCAUGUCUGGGUUGCGUGUCUGGAGGAAAGAAGCAGUGAUACUACACAAUAUUGUGCGUGCAUGUGUGUGUGAUUGUGUGCGACAGGUAGAUAGUGAAGGCCUCCUUUGCCUCAGUUCCCUGUGUCACAGACUCAGACUUGCAUGGGUACUUUCCACAUCUAGGGUUACCCAGCAGGUUUCAACAGGUCUGUUGGCAGCUCACCACAGGAGUAAGAAAGUCAUUACACCAUAAGACGUGAGUCUGUUUGUGUGUGUGUACCAUCAUGUCUACUCCACUUCUGCGAUAUGACACAUCAAAAAGGGGGUGAGGGGCUUUGUCUGAACCUGGCAAGAGUCUCACAAUGAAUUGAAGGAGCGAGGAAGGAAGCGUAUUUGGCAAAGUGAGGCUAAACUGUCUCAACACCAAACACCAGGAAAUUCUAGUAACAUAUCUCACUUGUGCAUCUAAAAGGAAAUAAGAUAGAGCUUCUCAAAAACAAUUCAGAACUGGAAAAUAUCAUCAGUGUUCAAGGAUUUGUGUUGAGACUGUGAAGCCUUUUGGCAACCUCUCAUUGCUUGAGUCAUUCAUGGCAAUAUCUGAGUAAAAUGAUAUUGUGCCCCUAAUAUAUUUACUAUUAAGGGUCAGUUCCUGUUUGUGUGUUUCUGUUUGUGUGUUACCAUUGCAGGUGAAUUAUUGGAGAUUAAUAUUACAAGAUUGUUGUUGUUGGUUGCAGCUACUGGCUGGUAUGCUGCAGGCAAACCACAUGAUCUUUAUCACCAACAUGUUCGGUAUUAUUUUCAAUACUAGUAUUUUUUUUAUCAGUACUUAUUUAGCUAUAAUUAAAUUAAUACCAGAUCUCAUUUUAAAAGUUUAGUGUUCAGCAUGUAGCUCUCUACAUAUAAAAUCAGUUUUUGGCUAAACAAAUCAUCUGUAACAUUAUACUACAACAGCCUAUUUGAUGAACUUGCAGGGUCAUAUUAAGUUUAUUUCUGCACUUCACACUUCACACAAGCAAAGUGUCUCACUGGAUUGGUUUUAAAUUGCAGAGGAUCAGCAAGUUCACAGAAAAAUAGUAGGUAUGUAAUAAGGAGACUCCGGGGGGAUUAAAAUCACUGACCAGUGCAGGUUGCAAUGAAAUCACACCACCUCUCCUGUAGAAAUAAAUCACAUCCAGAAAGUAUAAUUCCAUUUUCUUUCUGUUUUGAAACAAUACUCCCCAUAUGUUCAUUAAAACUGUUCUUUCUGUUUAUACUGGCCAGGAAGAGAUCUCUUCAAGAGUCUUUGUUUUGUGUAAAAAUGUCUGAGGUCUUCGCAGUCUGAGGUGAUAAAAUCAGUUGUAUCUUACCAAGUU